CCUAGCUAGAACCUCUCAGAAACCGGUCUCUGUGCUCCAAGCAAGCUCUCACCUUUCUUCGCCGCGACCGCUAAUCAUGUUGAAAAUGAAAACUCCCAAGACAGGCAAGGCCAGGCGAGAGCUCGAUAAGCGCGCCCCCAAACUGGUCGAGACCGGGAAGAAGACACUGAUACUUCACGGGACGAAGACCAGUGGCGUGUUGAACAACGUAUUGACGCAAAUUUAUCAGCUGAAGAAGGAAAGCGCCGUGAGAUUCAGUCGAAAGAACGAAGAUGUUAGGCCGUUUGAGAGCGGCGGUGAAGCUUCGCUCGAGUUCUUCUCUCUCAAAACUGAUUGUAGUAUGUUUGUAUUUGGUUCCCACUCAAAGAAGCGGCCUGACAAUCUUGUAAUUGGGAGGACUUAUGACCACCACAUAUAUGAUCUUGUAGAGGUUGGGGUUGAAAAUUUUAAACCUCUGGAAUCAUUUUCCUAUGAUAAGAAACUAGCUCCAAAGGCAGGGUCGAAACCUUUUAUUGCUUUUAUCGGAGAAGGGUUUGAUAGCGUAGAAGAGUUGAAACAUUUGAAGGAAGUUUUACUGGACCUGUUACGAGGAGAGGUUGUAGAAAAUCUAAAUCUUGCUGGAGUGGACCGUGCGUAUAUAUGUACAGCUGUAUCCCCGAAUAGAGUUUUCUUUACUCACUGUGCUUUACGGCUUAAAAGAUCUGGCACAAUUGUACCAAGGAUGGAACUGGUAGAAGUUGGCCCAUCCAUGGAUUUUGUAGUUCGUCGACAUCGUCUACCUAAUGAAAGGCUAAGAAAAGAAGCUAUGAAAACAGCCAAAGAUAAGGCCAAGAAGAAGGAGAAAAACGUUAGCAAGGAUGUAAUAGAAGGCAAGAUUGGAAAAGUAUACAUUCCAGAUCAGAAGGUUGGAGAGAUGGCUUUACCUAACAAAGCGAAGGGAGUGAAGAGGGAACGCCGUGAAGCUAAACUGAGGCAUGGUGAGGGCAACAAGCAUGCAUCGAAAAGGCAAAAGGAAGAUUCUCAGUAAUUCUUGUUCACUCUUUUUAUUGACUUAUAGAGGUUCACUUGAAGAGAAGCCUAAUGGAGAAGAGAUUAUAGACGCUUGAAAUCUCUUCUUCCUUGUGUCACAGAUUGACCUGACUGUGAUAUAUCUUUAGAUACCAUGUCGAGGAUGAAUUGUACCAUUUUUGUGUUAAAUUAUGUCCGAAUAUGACAUUAUAUUGUCAUCCAAUUGAGUUUUCCAGUAUUUAAAUUGUUUGUAAUACCACCUUUUUUCCCC